AUGGCCCUAAAGUAUUGGCUGCGUGUUGCAGCUACAUCUGCUUUAUACUUUAGCAUCGCUUUAGCAGCUGAUGAGGGAUGCGAUGUCGACAUCACCAUCAACGACGAGAAGGAUUGGGAAGCUAAGGGCUCCUGCACGGUCUACGGUGGCGACAUCACAGUCGGGCCUGACAUGAUUGCCUCCUUCGACCUAGGCGACAAGCUCACCACCAUCGAAAACACCUUCAGCGUGAUCAACGCGACGCAGAUGAUAGCCCUGAGCGCUUCCAGACUAGAGCGUGUCCAGACCUUCGAGGCCUCAGGGCUGACCAUCCUUUCUGAACUGAAUUUUCCGAAAUUGACUAGCGUCGACAAUUUGAAGCUCUUGGGCUUGCCUGCGCUCUCCACUUUGUCUUUGACCUACACCAUCGAGAACUUCGUCGAUCUCGAAAUUCAACGCACCUUCCUCUCCUCGACCGACGGCAUCUCUCCAAGCGGUGAAGUCAACAGUAUUUUGCUCGCCAACAACCGUUACCUAUACGAUGUUACGAUGCCGGUGAAGCGCGUGUCAGGCGCCCUGACCGUCAGAGAUAACGGCGACAAGCUGGCGCUCCGGCUCAAGAACCUGGAGCACGCCGACCAAAUCAUCCUCCACAACCUCUCCGCCGUCAACCUCCCCUCUCUCGGCUCCGUCUCGGGUUUCCUGACGGUAUCCGACAACAACAUAAAGGAUCUCCUGCUCCCCAACUUCACUUCGAGCGACGGCUUCGUCUCCAUCCGCGAAAAUGGAGAUCUCCGCUCGCUCGACCUCUCCGCGCUCGAGUCCGUUAACUCCGACCUCAUCAUCGCCGAAAACCCGAAACUGCCCAACAUCACGCUGCCCAACCUCAAGACCGUCAACGGCGCCCUCUACCUGGAUGGUAACUUCUCUUUCAUCGAUUUGCCUGCAAUCGAGAGCAUUGAGGAAGGACUCUGGGUCAUUUCGCCCGACACUCCGUGUGACACUUUUGCGGAAAUCGCGUGGAUGCAGCCGGCAAACGGUGUCGUCAAGGGCGGCGUGACGCUUGAGUGCGACGAUUCGGCGUCCGAGAAGAGUAACAGCAGCACAUCAUCGGGCACGACCGUGGGUAGUACGAGCACAUUCAACCUUGACCCUACGCCUUCGAGCCUCGCUGACUCAACGUCGCCCGCUACUGCUUCUGCUUCGGCUACCGCUUCGGCUACUGGGAGCGCUACUGUUGCGUCUGCCAGCGCAUCCGGCUCAGCGGCGCCAACCACUGUCAGCGGUUCUGCCGGAUCGAGGCUGCUUGUGGGCUCGGGUGCCAUCCUUGGAGGAUUGAUGGCUCUGGCGCUGGCGUUGUAG